AUGUCACAUGUAGCAUACAUCAGUGUGUUUUACUCUUCUCCCACCCAUCUCACUGUAGGCAUGGAACCCUGGCUGAGGAAUUUACUGAUUCUUGCUGCAUGUUGUUAUGGUAUGAUAAUAUUAUUUUCCUAAUUUACUGUCUUUGCUCCCAUCCCUUUCUUUUUUCUAACAUAUUUUUCAGUAUAACACUACCAGUAUUCAUUUAAUAUGUCUAUCUUUCAUCUAUCAAGUGUGGUCCCGUGUUGCUCAGUUAUAGAGUAUGGUGCUUGCAACACCAGGGUUGUGGGUUAGAAUCCCACGGGGGACCAGCAUGAAAAAGUACAAAAAUGUAUGCACUCACUACUGUAAGUCGCUCUGGAUAAGUCUGCUAAAUGAAUGAAUUUAAAAUGUAUAUCAUGUUGCUUGAUACUUUUCUCAUUCCUUUCCAGAAUGCAGAGGAGAAGACACAGUCACCCAGCCUCCAGGAGAUGUGAUCGCUACUGAGGGAGGACAGGUCACAUUGGACUGUCAAUUUGAUGCAGUUAAUAUUAAUAAUAUCUACCUGUUCUGGUACAAGCAUAAAGUAAAUGGCUUCCCAAAGUUCAUGCUGGGUCGCUUUCCUUUUGGAAGUGCAAAUGCCACUGAGUUCAAGGAGAGAUUUGAUGCCCAUCUAGAUAAAGACUCCAAAUCAGUCCCCUUGACGAUCCAGAGGGUGCAGCUGUCUGACUCUGCUGUGUACUACUGUGCUCUGAAGCCCACUGUGACAACAGGAUAUACAGCCCCCUUACAAAAACAUACUGAGCUACACAAUGACAAUACACCUGUCUGUACAGUAUUCAACACCACUUUGAAAUUGACACAGCAACCUUCUCACUACCUUCCUGAUACUACCAAGACUAGUGGUAGCAGAUGAUGAUAAUCAUAGUGAUGAUGAUGAUGAUGAUUAUACGGUAAGUCAUUGUUGAUGCCAAUAGAGCUCCCUCUUCCAAAUCAGCUCUAAUUGUAGAUGUAAGAGACAGUAAAAUUCCAUUGACAUAUCUCAUGGAUUAGAACAUAUACAGCUAGUAGUGUCUGACUAGAUUAAUUCAGGUGAAAAAUAUAUACUCAGUAUAUAUAUACUCAGUAUUGUGUAGAUUAAUGUAAAAGCCAGCAUCAACCACAAGGGGGCCACAGUACCAAGUGAGUGUUGCUUUCCACUCUGAAAUGACUUGUCUAUUUGAACAGCCCCUCUGUUCUGUGCUGCAUGGUCUAGGCCUGUGCUGCUACAAAGACAGGAAUCAAGAGAGCACACCAGUUUCUAUAUUGUAACAUCAAUUUGUUUGGUCUUUGUAUCAUAUGAUAAGUAUGGGACAUUGGCUGUGUACUUCUGUUGUUCUUGCUGCACUCCUCUUUGGUAGGAUAUGGCUCUCAUUAUCUUUUUCUCAAUACUCUGAUGUUACUGGAAUCCUGACAUUUAUCACAAAGGUAUUCUUCUUUGUUUCCAGAGUGCAGAGGAGCAGACAGUGUUAGUCAGUCAAAGAGAGAAGUGACUGCUUAUGAAGAAGAACACGUCUCUCAACUGUGACUGGUUGCAUCACCGCCUGGUAUGGCAACUGCUUGGCAUCCUGACUGGUUGCAUCACCGCCUGGUAUGGCAACUGCUUGGCCUCUGACCGCAAGGCACUACAGAGGGUAGUGCGUACGGCCCAGUACAUCACAGGGGCAAAGCUCCCUGCCAUCCAGGACCUCUAUACCAGGCGGUGUCAGAGGAAGGCCCUCAAAAUUGUCAAAGACUCCAGUCACCCUAGUCAUAGACUGUUCUCUCUGCUACCGCACGGCAAGCGGUACCGGAGUGCCAAGUCUAGGUCCAAAAGACUUCUCAACAGCUUCUACCCCCAAGCCAUAAGACUCCUGAACAGCUAAUCAUGGCUACCCGGACUAUUUGCACUGCCCCCCCACCCCAUACUUUUUACGCUGCUGCUACUCUGUUAAGUAUUUAUGCAUAGUCACUUUAACUCUACCCACAUGUACAUAUUACCUCAACUACCUCAACUAGCCGGUGCCCCCGCACAUUGACUAUGCAACGGUACCCCCCUGUAUAUAUAGCCUCCCUACUGUCACUUUAUUCUAUUGUAUAUAUAGCCUCCCUACUGUCACUUUAUUUUUACUUCUGCUCUUUUUUUCUCAACACUUUUUUUGUUGUUGUUUUAUUCUUACUUUUUUUGUUUAAAAUAAAUGCACUGUUGGUUAAGGGCUGUAAGUAAGCAUUUCACUGUAAUGUCUGCACCUGUUGUAUUCGGCGCAUGUGACCAAUAAAAUUUGAUUUGAUUUGAUUUGAUUUGAUUUGACUACAACACCAGUUUAUCAGCUCCAUCUCUCUUCUGGUACGUUCAAUCCACAAACAAUUACCCUGAAUGUGUUUUGUGGAAAGAUGUCAUUGGAUCAGGGGAUUUUGAUGAUAAAUUCAAGGAGAGAUUUGAUGCCCAUCUCAGUUCCAUCACCAAAUCAGUCCUCUUGACGAUCUAGAGGGUACAGCUGUCUGAUUCUGCUGUGUACUACUGUGCUUUGCGGCCCACUGUGUAUCCUUGGCACGAGUGUAUCCUUGGCACGAGUGUAGAAAAAAUGCAAGCCUUACUUAUGUGGUGGGUGUGACGUAACCAGGGCUGUACACCUCACACAGUGACACACAGAAGAACAUUUAAGAGGAGAGUGAAUGCAUGCAAACAUCAGCCUGAAGAUGGAGAAAUCAAUCAGUUUAUUGAUCAUUCUGAUUAUGGCUACAGGUAAACAAUACCUAAACAUUUGAAAUCCUUGCAUCCUUAUAAUCAGAUUAUUAUUAUGGUAUUGGUAGGAAAACAUUUAUAUUAAAGUCAUUUAAAUGUUAAUAAUAAGCAUGAGUUUCCAAUCAUCUUUUAUUAUCAAUUUUUCCUCUGCAGGAAUGGUAUCUGGAGAUAGUGUGACUCCUGACAAGGAGGAGUACACCCCCACUGAGGGAUCAUCAGUGACUAUGAGCUGUACAUAUAAAACAAGCAGCGAUGAUAUUUACCUUUACUGGUACCGGCAUUAUUCUAACCAGGCUCCUCAGUUUCUACUGUAUAAAGGUGCCAGAUCAUACAGCGGUGUUGACCAUAUUCCUGAUAAGAGAUAUAAAUCCAAAACGUCUCAGACAUCAACUGAACUGGUUAUAACAAGCCUAACCCUGGCAGACACAGCUCUCUACUACUGUGCUCUCAGGGAUUAUACCCAGUGA